ACACAGAAGAAAGGUACCCGCCAAAAAUGGGGUGCUGCAGGAUAAACACCUCCAACCUUCCAGCUCUCUGGAAAUUCCCAACUCAAAACCAAAAUCCCAGAACCAAAACCAUCAUCUCCUUCUCCUCCCCUUCUUGCUCUCAAACCGAAGAUCGAAAAUCGAAACCUUAUACCGUAAACUUCAAGACUUUGAGUGCCUGCAAGCUUGGCAUAGCCAGGUAUCCUGACUUUGAAUACAAUGCUAAAGGUGGAGCGGGAACCGGGUCUGCCACAGAGGUCACGGAAAGCAACUCGAAUGGCGAUGUUUUGGUGUCGUUUGACAUCGGAAGGCUCUAUAUCCCGCCAUUGGAGAGUGCAACAACAAAGUUCUUGGGGUUGCCACUGCCGCCCUUUUUGACGAUUGACAUUGUCCCUGAGUUCUUCAGUGGGAGCAUCAAUCCAGACUCCGGCCAGGUUGAUCUCGAAUUCAAGGCGGAGUUUUGGUUUUCCGUUGGGAGUAUAUACAAGGCUCCUCCGCUGCUGGUGAGGACGGUAUUGACAUCAGAGGAAUCGAAAGGAACGAUGAGAAGUGGAAGAGGGGAGAGGUUGGAUAAACAAGGAAAGUGCAGACUUGUUGGGGUGGCAACCGUUGAUCCUAUCGAUGAUUUUCUGAUCAACUCCUUCCUUGGCCUUCCCACGGAAUGCCUGGCCGACUUGAACGCUAUUAUUUCCUUCUCUAGCUCUUAGUGGUUUCACGAGAGACGGUCAUCGCCCCCACCGCAAUGUAGUACUCUUUCGCGUAAUCAAAGUCAUUGUCGAACGAAAGCAAAAAUAUGUAGAGCCAGAUUUAUGUUCAUAUGCAGCUGAAUUCGACUGUUUAACAAUUUACGUUCAUUUUCUCCAUA